GCUGGCAACUUGGAAACACCUUCAUCCACUUUGCUUCAAUGCCACUCCGGCCAACAACAACAAUUCCUCUAAAACCCCCCGAUAAGCCGAUUUCUACACAUUUAUUACCCCUCACGUCAAUAAUAUACUUUUCACGCGUGCCAAAAGUCCAAAACUCGCCAAUAGGUCUCCUAUAAUUAUAAGGUUCAGGUGAUUAGCUCCCCAACUAGCUCAAGACCAGCAGUGAGUUAGUGUCACAGUGUUAUUGAUGGUAAAUAUAUUUUUUUUUCUAUUUUAAUCAUUUUAUAUUUUUGUUUCAGCUUUUCAUUUUCUCGGUGAAUUUCCAGGGAGUAGGCAGAUUGAGGCCUUGGAAUCAACCAAGAAAAGAGGUGAUACGUUUCGUGGAGUAGGCAGAUUGAGACCACAAAAUCGGAUCACCUGCUACCAAUGGACGAAUAACCACUCUAUCCCCACCCUUCUCUUGAUAAUAGCUCCAAAAGGGAGCUGAAACGUCGAGAAUUUUCAAUAUUCCAACGCGGCUCAACCCUUGAACCUAGUUCUUUUGUUAUAUCGUGUCAUAACGAUGCGGCGUUUGUGUCAUGGAGGAUGACAAAAUCCAUAACAUUUAUUGGCGGACAGUACUGUUGACUUUAGUUUUAACUAUGACCAGAUUAUAUAGUAGUGCAGCUAUCUGUCCAACUGCCUGCAGAUGCCAAAAUGAUGUCCUCAAAACAUCAUGUUCUUCCGCCUCUCUAGAAUUUGUUCCUAUUCAACUCAAUCCCGAAUUACAUGAACUGGAUCUCUCGAAUAAUAGAAUUGUUCAAAUUUAUUUUUCUUUUCCGUUUUAUGAAAAACUAAUUUAUUUAAAUUUGUCCAACAACAAAAUCAAAACAUUAGGAAAUAGUAAUUUCAACUCUCAAAUUAAUUUAACCCAUUUGGAUUUGAGUAGUAAUCAAAUUGAGAAUAUAACCAAAGAUACUUUCAAAGGUCUGAAGUCGUUAACACAUUUGGAUCUUAGUAGAAAUAAUUUGAAGGAAUUACAUGUAGCAGCGUUCCGAGAUUUAUACUCUUUAAUCGUCCUCAAACUAUUUAGCAAUAAAAUUGUACAUCUUGACCAGGGGUUAUUAAUGACGACGAAAAAUUUGAAAGAGCUCCAUCUUAACGAUAAUCAGCUGCUGGAAAUUCCAGCAGAUAUUCUGAUAGAUACACUUCAUCUAAUACAUUUAUCAUUAUCAAAAAAUUACAUUCGAGAGUUAAAAGAGGGAGCAAUACCAAAUUUGCCGGACCUUCAAACUCUCCUUUUAGAUGAUAACAUAAUUACAGAAAUUCAUCCAGCUUGUUUGGCAAACCUCAUAAAUUUAUAUUACCUGGAUUUAAGUAAUAAUAAUUUAAAAAUCAUACCUACAGAAUCUCUGUCGAAACUGUCUAAUCUCAACAUAUUAAAAUUAACCGGAAACUUUAUUACUUCAAUACCAGCGGUAGCCUUCAGAGGUUUAUUUAAUUUGAGAAUAUUGUAUAUAGAUCAACUAGAAUCUCUCACAAAAAUUGAUAUGAGAGCAUUUGUAGAUAACGUUAAUCUCGAGAAAGUAAACAUGAAUCACAAUAUUGGUAUGAAUAAGUUACCUUCACGAUUAUUUUACGGAAAUCCAAAAAUAACAUCAAUUUCUGUUACCUAUAAUCAUCUAGGAACAAUAGAAGCCAUUAAUUUUCCAUUGGAUCAAUUGAAAGAAUUGAACGUUGGUGGGAAUCCAUUGCAGUGCAAUUGCUCUUUGAAUUGGCUGUGGCAACUUGUUCAAGAGUACAAAUCAAAAACAAUUAGGUCAAAUCUUACGUUUAUAAAUAAAAAUACCAAGAUGUCUAAUUCUGAUUUGAUACUUGAUAUCAACGAUAUUACGUGUGAUGGUCCUGAGGAAGUUCGUAACUCACCGCUAAUAAGUUUAGCUAAACAUCAUAUAGAUUGCACUUAUAGUUGGAUAGCUGUUUUUUCAGUAACAAUAUCAGUAAUUUUUAUAUUGAUAAUUGUAGGCGGAGUAAUUUACAUGUCUCCUAAAUCUAUUUUUAAAUCCACUAAUACAGAAUUACCAAUUACUGAGAGGACAAGAAAUCCAAGUAUUAGGGAAAAGUCUGAAUCGUACGAAGGGAAACUUACCGAAAAAUAUACUUUACCAACUUCAAUGAUUAUUCAUAAUGACUAUGGUACCUAUUCGUGGGAUCCUUGUGGUGCUAGCACUGAAAAUAUAUAUGAACAAUUAAAUGACAGUAAAAAUCGUCCUCAUAUUGUUUACGUAUAAAAUAUUAAUAUUUGCCAAAAUAGCUUGUGUAAGGUUAUCUAUAUAUUUGUUUAUUUUUCUAAAGGUCUUUAUUGGAACUUUAUGAAUAUAUAAAUAAUUAACAGGAAUACCUGUUAAUGCGUACAAAUUUGUCUUUUUCGUAUUUGGGGAAAUUUGUAACGAUUAUAUUAUUUGAUUAUAAUGAACAUUAUUAUUAUCAAAUCUUGCCAAUUUUCUUUGUUGUAUUUUUUAAUGUAUAUGUGAUUUUUACCUUUUCACUGUUAAUAAAAGAAAAAAAGUACAUACUAA